AUGUCUGUACCAAAAGCGGUAACCCCGAGCUACACUCGGGCUUACCAUGCAGCGCUGUAUAGGGAGUCCCUGCAGCACUUACCUUGUCCUUCGCUCCCGCGAUGUGUCCCCUGCGACGUCCCCGGCCAUCUCCUCCGGCCGAUGCCGGCAUCCGGCUCCUGUGUUCCAGUCCCUGUGACAUCGGGACGUACGGGCGCCGCGUCCGGCGGCGGGAAAUUUGAAAAUUUUAAAAAAAUUUUAUUUUUUUCAAAACGAUUUUACAUGUGCUUUGUCCUGUGCCCUGCCUGCAUUUUGACUGUUCUUUCU